AUGAUGUACUACAUAGUAUUUAGUAAUGAAGAUCUUUAUUUUAAUUGCUCAUUAAUCAACAACAUUACCUAAUGUUUGAAAGCCUCAAAUUUUUGUACUUUUAUAUUAAAAUUUCUAUAGGUUAUGUAGUUGAAGCCAACGUGACAUAUCUAUCAGUUGAAAAUAAGAUUGAAGGUGUAAUAUUAGAUGAAGUGAAUGAUGUAUGCAUGGUAUAAAAUGAUAAUAUAUGAGAACUUAAAUUUCUUCACUGUCUGUGAUUAAUUAUAUACUGAAAAAUCAUGUAAACUAGGUAAUUGUGUAUGGGAUCCAAUUUAUGAACAAUGCUUUGUAUAAUUUUAUAUAUAUAUAAGAAAGAAAUGGGAUUCAGCUCCUUGUUCAAGUUAUCCAAAAUCAAUUUGCUAAUGGAAUCAUGGAUGUGAAAUAAUUAACCAAACUAAAUUUCUUUAUUUGAAUUAGAACUACACUUUAAUGAAUGAUGUUGAUACAAUUUAAAAUGAUGGUAGAAGAAUAGGAACAUGGUUAUAUGAAUUUGGAUUAAUUAUUGAUGUUUUAUAGAUAGAAACAGAUAAAGAAGAAUAUAAAUUCACAAAAUGUACAUUGAAGAAUAGAUGUGAAUAAAUUUAAAUUAUAGAUUAUAAUCAAGCUGAUUACGAAUGUUAUAUUUCAGAUUUGAAUUGUUAUUUUGAUAUAUAAGAAGGUAAAUGCAAAAAACUAAGUGCACAAACAUAAUGUGAAUUAAUUAAAUGGGACUCUUAAUGUAAUAGUGGUACAGUUUCAUGUAUAUGGAUUAAUAAAUAAUGUUAAAUGUAUAAUAAAGCUGCUAUUUCUUGUGCUUAACUUGAUUAAAGUAGAUGUUUAAAUAAUGAAAAUUGUUAUCUCUAAAAUUUUAAAUGCAUUCCCUAUUUAAGCUGUUUUGAUUUUUCAACCAAAAUUGGUUGUGAUGAAUCAAGUUUUUUUUGUUAUUUUGACGAAUUUGAAAAAUCAUGUAAACAAUUAACAAGGAAUAUUUAAUGUAAAAUGAUUGGAGCAAAAAAUUGUAAAGAAUUUAAAUAUUGUAACUAUAAUCAAAAUAAUAAUAAUUGUGAAGAAAUUCAUUAAGAUUUUUAUUGUUAAAAAUUUGUCAAAGAUGAUUGUCCAAAUAAAAAUAAUGUUUAAACAAUAGAAUGUUUAUGGAAUGAUAAUUUAUAAAUAUGUAAUUGGAAUUAUUAAAGUUAAAAUUGUAAUACUAAAACAAAUAUUAAUUGUGAUUCUUUAACUUGUUAUUAUGAUGAUGUUCUAGAUAAAUGCUCUACUAUUAAUCUGAAUACACCUUGUGAAUUUUUAGGCUAAAUAUCUUGUAAAUAAUAAAAUUUGUGUUAAUGGUCAAAAAGUAGAAAUUAAUGUUUAUCCAUUUUUGAUUUCAAUUGUGAAGAUUUAUUAACAAAAUUUUGCUUAUAUUCUGAAAAAUGUUUUUUAGAAGAUUAAAUCUGUAAAACUAGAAAGUAAUGUAAAGAUAAUGAAUCAAUUAUUGAUUGUUAGGACGAUUCAAACUUAAAUUGCUAUUUUGAUUAUAAUCUCAAAAAAUGUAGAAGAGUUACUAUCUAUACAGCAUGUAAUCUUAUUUUCAAUAAAUUUUAAUGUAAUCAAGCUAUUUGUUCUUGGGUUAAUAAUAAAUGUGAGAGUAUAGAAAAAGUCAGUUGUAAAUAAAUUGGCAUUCAUAAUUGUAUAUAUUCUAGUAAAUGUUUAUUAUAAAACAAUUAAUGCAUUUCUUUAGAUAUUUGUGAAGAAAAUAAUGGAAAUAGUGAUGGUUGUGAAAAAGAUAAAAAUCAUUGUUUUUAUAAUACAAAUACUCAAAUAUGUAAACAUAUAGAUGGAACUACUGAUUGUAAUUCUUUAAAUGGAGCUGAUAAUUGUAAUUAUGCUCAUUGUAAGAAUAUUUUUAUUUAUUUAGGCACAUUAAUCCAUUUAGAAAAUUAUAAACUGUAAUGUAUAUAAUAUGAAUAUGCUGAAUGUGCAUGGUUGAGUUAAGAAUAUUGUAAUUUUGGAUAAUGCACUUGGGAUUAAAAUAGAUGUAUUUCCUAUCCAAUUAAUAAAUUUAUUGAAAAUCCUGAAUAAGAUAAUCAAGAACAAAAUUAACUUAUUCCUGAUAACAUAGAUUCACAUAAUUUACUCAUUUUUAUCAAUUUAUUGAUAAUUAUUUUAGAAUGA